AUGUCCCGCCUGCCACGUGGCAGCGUGCUAGUGGUGGGCGCGGCUCCAGUGCGAUACAUGGCCGGCAUCGUGCCGUUCCCCUACCGCCCGGACUCAGAUUUGAUUUACCUCACGGGUUGCUGGCACCCGGGUGUGGUAGCUGUGAUUGAAAGCGAUGGGGGGAGUGGGAGUGGUGCCGCUGGUGGAGGGAAAGGAGGGGAAGGAGGGGAACGAGAUGUGCAUUUCACGCUAGCGUUGGACCCACCUACUGCCACGCCCCUCUUCAAACCAGACAAAUCCUUGUUUGCGGAUGCUCUUAACGAGAUGGAAGUGUGGGACGGCAGGGCUUUGGACCCACCAGCUGCCACGGCCUUCUUUAAACCAGACAGAGCCGUGUUCGUGGAUGCUCUAAACGAGUACCUUCUCCUGGCCCAACAACGCAUCUCAGCACACCGACUCUCAUCUUCCUCCUCCUUACCCUCCUCUUACUCCUCCGACCGUUCUCCUCCUCCUCGGUUCUACUGUGACCAUCGGGCCAAUCGCGAUCUGAUUGCUACAGUACCGGUUCUCGCCGCUGAGCUGGCAACCGGGCGACUGCUGUCGUCCCGUAGCGCCCUGGACGAGCAGUGGUGGAUCAAAUCUGAGGCGGAACAGAGGCUCAUGCGACGGGCAGCUGAGAUCACAGCAGAGGCCUUCCUAACAGCUAUGAGGCAGUCAGCAGCUGUGGCAACAGGAAGAGGGGGAGCAGCAGCAGGAGGGUCCGGUUCUUCUGCCUCCUGUGAAGAGGGGCACAUGGGGGGAUCGUUGCCCCACGAGGGGCACAUUUCUGCGCUGAUCGAGUUUGAGUGCAAGCGACGGGGAGCACAGCGAUUUGCCUACCCUCCAGUGGUGGCGGGGGGCAGCAGCGGCUGCAUCGUUCACUAUCUGCGCAAUGACAAGCCAGUGCAACCGGGGGAGGCGCUACUGGUGGAUGCGGGCUGUGAGUACUUCGGCUAUGCCUCUGACAUCACUCGUGUGUGGCUGCCCUUUGGGAGGUUCUCCUCUGCUCAGAGAGCAGUGUAUGAGGCGGUGCGGGAGGCGAUGGUGGAGUGCAUUGCCAUGUGCCGGCCGGGUGCCACUCUGAGGGACAUUCACCAGCACUCGGUCAUAUCCCUCUCAUCGGCCCUGGUGCAGCUGGGAGUGUGUCAGGGCUCAGCACAGCAGGUGGCACGAGGAGCCGUCCGGCAGUUCUACCCGACCUCUGUUGGGCACUGGCUGGGGCUGGACACACACGACUGUGCGUCCGUCUCCUCCUUUCAGCCGCUCAAGCCCGGUGUGGUGCUGACAAUCGAGCCAGGCCUCUAUCUCCCAGACAUUGACCAAGUGCCAAAACAUCUGCGCGGCAUAGGCGUGCGGAUAGAGGAUGACAUUUUGAUCACGGCCGAUGGUUACGAG